AUGGCGCAUAAUUACAUUCGUAAGCGAUGCUCACCAGCGUACAAUGAAGAAGAGAUGCUGAAUGCCAUUUUGAAGAUCAAAAGUGGUGAAUGGACAUACAAACAAACUUCAGCAAUUACUAAGUUUUCCAAAGGUGCAUUGUCUGCUCGCAUAUCACAAGGUUCAUUAAAUCAAGUUGGACGUCCAACAGCAUUAACACAUGAUGAAGAAGCGUAUCUAAUGAAUCUGAUUGAAACAUUGUAA